AUGGCAGAAGAGACGAAUCACACCUCGGAGGCCCAGACCAACGGAGAACAACACAGCCCAAAAGAUUCCCCUAUCCUGGGGAACAUGGUACGCACCGAGCUGGAAUGGGAUGUGCCCAUGAGUGUCCCUUUGCCCAUCGAGGUCAUCAGUGCUGACCAGCCUUUCCCGUUCCUGGACACCACCCUGGCAGACCUGGGCAUCGAAGAAUCUGCAGUGAAGGAGCGGGUGGUGUGGGUGGACACCAAGCGGACGCAGGUGAAGAGCAAGUCAGGCAAACUGAAGGAGAAGGAAAUCACCAUCUUGGAGGUACGGGUCAAGGCUCAGAUCCCCGGAGACAAGAAGACCCAGGAGGUACUCUACAGCACCGAGUCCCACACAGACCGCUCCUUCUGUCGGACAGGUGUGGACAUCCUGCCCUGGAAGAGUCGCACACAGACAGAAGAGAACGGCUUCCAGCCAGUAGAGAUGACCGUGGCCUUGGACAUCGAGUCACAGCCCAAACAGGAGAUUCGAGAGGUGUGAGGGAACUCUCAGGAUCAUCGCCAGAAAAAGCUAUAACUUAAUGAUCAGUGCAAUUAAACAUGGAUCAGCCACUAGGGCUUUGAAUCGUAUAAACAUUUAAGCAAAAAAAAAAAAAAAGAAAGACAAAAGCAAAGUCGACCUGUAAAGCUUUGCUGUUAUACCAUGUUCUAUAUCUAAAUCAGGGAUGGAUAACUUUGAUUGGGGUGGGGGCCACAAAAUCUGAACCCCUGAAAAUGUUGCUGCUUAAAGCAAGUUUGCUGCAAUUCUACAGAUUUUUCAUAGGGUGGAGAGAAAUGUUUGCAGUUUUUAAUGAUAUCUGAGUGAGACUAACAAAAAUCAAAUGUGGGCCCCCCAGACAGUAAUUCGACCAUGAUUACUACAAGUUUAGAUAGCUGGCCGGCUAGAUUAAGUUACCAAUCUUAAACAUUUUAGCUGAUAUGGGCUAAUUGACUGACUAUUAGUGUCUGAUAUAUGAGGGAAAACUGUAGACGCACAACUACAUUUCAAAAUUGCACCUUGCUUAUUCUACUAUUUAAACUCACAAAAGUAAGUGGAGAUCUCAACUGAGGAAAUUGAGCCGAGGGCCUUCAAAAGGGGGGCCCGCAUGUGGUCCGCCAGUUGCACAUCCCUGAUCUAAAUCCUGCCU